GCAGCGCUUCGUAGCGACAGCAGUGAGAGGAAGAGUUCGAAAAGAGUGCGGAGUUCCGACAGUUAAGCCGUUGCCUUCUCGCCGCCGUCGUCGCUUCCCGAAGCUUGGGUUCAUUCCCGACGGCCGUGGGAGCGCCGCUUCGGUUCGAAGUCCUCCGUGGCCGGCGAGAGGGGUGGCGGCGGUCGUCGUGGAAGCGAGCGAUGCCGCUCGUCCGGCUCCAGGUGAGGAACGAGUUCCGGCUGGGAGAUGCGAAGCUUUACGAGGGGGGUAAAUCCGAUAAGGACGAUUCCAAGGCGAUCUUGGAUGGCGUCGCGGUCGCGGGGCUCGUCGGGAUACUGCGGCAGCUGGGCGACCUUACGGAAUUUGCUGCAGAUGUCUUCCAUGACUUGCAUGAACAAGUAACAGCUACAGCUGCAAGAGGGCGUAAAAUAUCUACAAGAAUACAGAAUAUAGAAUUUGCACUUCCAUUCGUUGAGAAGGCUGUUAAAGGACAGAGAAGCCAUAUACAUUUUGCAUAUGUUGCAGGUUCCAAAUGGCAUGCCCGUCUUCAAGAUGAGAAAAGCCAACUUGUGCCCAGUGAGUUGCCAUAUUUUAUGAUUGAAUCGUAUGAAGAAUGUCGUGAGCCACCACAGUUGUACUUGCUUGACAAAUUUGAUCAUCAUGGUACUGGAGCUUGUCUGAAGAGAUAUUCAGAUCCAUCGUAUUUUAGGAGGGCAUGGGCUGCAUCAGAAACAGAAAAAGCUGAAGGUCUACAAAGAGAAAAAGUUCAGAAAAUCCAGAGGAAAGGAUCACAACCUAGAAUUGGAGAAGUUCAACGUGAAGCCUACAUAUCCUGCAAAAAUAGCAGCACAAGGUUUGCAUCCCCCAGCAUUGAUGGGCAAAGCUUUACAACUGAGGAUGCAUCAGUACAUGAUGCAGGACUAAAUUCUGAAUUUUCUAGUAGAUCUCCAUCUUUUGGUUCCAGGGUCAGGGAACAAACAUUAGAUGUAAAUAAUUCAGCAGUGCCUGGUGGGUUGAAAGACAAUGAAGUGUCAGAAUCUGAGAUUCUGUGCAAUCAUAGUGAUCUGAAUGCAAAUGGUUCACAUGACAUUUCAAAAGGGAGAUUGGGUGAUAGUUCUAAUCAAGGUUCACUGCAUAGGUCUAGUGCUGUCAGAUCAUAUUCUGUUACAUGGGAUGAAAAAACUGAAAUAGUUAAACCUAGGAAUUCUGUGUCAUGUGAUGUCACUCUUAUUAAUCCAGUUCAAGAUUCAGAGUCUCUGCAAGUGGACUCUGAACCACAAAAUCAGAACCAUACUAAAGCUGGAGCAUUCAGUCAAGCAGACAUCUUGCUGGAUACUGGUAAAGUACGGGUAUCAUUAUCUGGUGCAAACUGCAUGGAUGAAGUCACUAGUGAAGCAGAAAACCAUGCGGAUGCACGCAAUACCUUGGAGUCUGAUGCGGAGAAAGAAGUUGAGUGCCAAACAAAAUGGGAAGUGAAUCCACCAUGUGACUUUGGUUCUCAAGGAAUGCAACCCGGAAAUAUAAGGAAACAGGACAGAGCUGCACCGAACCCUUCUAUGGUCAAACUUCCUAAUGCAUCACAAAGUUCUUUGAAGCAAGAUUCAUCUUUAAUGUUUAUGGUAUUAAAGCCUUCAGGCAGCUCAGGUCAUAUGCCGCCUCCUCAAGAAACUGUUGACUCUUCUCCAAAUCAUGAGUAUUCCUUUGGAAAUAAUAUUCAUGAUAAUUCAGAAGGGAAAAUUGAUGAAGGCAACAGAAACAGUCACUUACCUGAGUCAGACAUUGCUGAUUCACAAAUUAUGAUGGCAGACAAAAGUAGACCCAAGACAUCUGUAGCUUGUGCACCUUCCAUCCAACUUUGGGCAAAUGGUGGUCUUUUUGGAGUUGGGGCUUCAAAACCUUUGUUUCUUGGGGUGAUGAAUAAUUCUAGUGUAGAUGUUACAUCUGGUUAUAGGAAUUGCUCAUCUAAUUUACCAAAUAACAUUUUGAAGACUUCGAAGCGCAUUAAUGGAUCAUCGACCACAUCAGAUGCAAUAUUUUCAUUCAGUGAAUCUAUAUCAAGAGCUUCCAAAUCUGCGCAGAAAAUUGAUGGAGAAUCUCCUGUUUCAAGGUCCUUGGUCCAGAGCAAUUCAAGUGUUAAUCGGUUUCCAGCCAGAACUAAUGAUUUAGUUCAAUUGAAUGAUUCCUCCAAAUAUCCUUCAUCUUGCCAUAGGAAUCAACAAUAUGACAAGGAUGUCAAGCAGAAGUCACAAGUCCCUGCACGAUCCCUUUCAUUAGGAGUAUGUGAUAUGGGUCGAGAAAAUCACUCAAUUGUCACCAAUGUAAGCUCCAACAGACCUGUUACAACCAAAAACAGUGCUGUUGUAGAUGGUGUUCCUUUGUCUGUUGUCUAUAAAACUAAGUCACAGUAUCAUGCAUAUAACCAAAGUACAAAGGGUAUCUCAUCAGGUUUUUCUGAACCUGGACAAAGGUUUCUUGCGAACUCACUUGAAACAAAGGGAUCAAUUGCCAAUACUGAUGGUUCUGUACCUUCUGGCGAUAAAAGGAAAUCAGAGGAUAUUUCACGCCUAAAUAACCGCAUGAAAGCACCAAGUGAAGCAGCUUCUCUGGCAUUCUUUGGACAGGGCAUCAAAAAGCAGUUUGAUGGUGAGUCUUUGGAAAGGUCAACCUCUUCAACUUCAUAUUUACCGGAACAGUCUUCUCCACCUCUUGAACAUAUGAAAAUCUCUUUUCAGCCUAUGAAUGGCCUGGAAACCUCCAAAAUGAAACUUAAAGUUCUCAAUGGCAGUCUCCCCGAGACCAGUGAGGACUCCAUCUUUCCAGCAUUUCAAUUGAUUCAGGGCCCAGUUGAUUCAUCACCAGAUAAUGGUUCAGAGUCAGAUGACGAUACAUUUUGUAUAUCAUGUCCUUCCUCAGAGGAUCUCUUUAGCCCUCUCACAGACGCUAAUUCUGAGCUGUGGGAUAAAGAUGAGAGAAGUGAAUGUGAAGACCAUGAGUUAUGUGAUGUCUCACCUAGAAUUUCAAUGUUGAAUGCCUCUUUUUCUGGCUAUAUGAAAUUAGAGAAAGUGAACCAAUCCAUGAUGGAUUUGGAAAGUGGAUUGGGUCGUUAUGGUGUUGGGAACACUGAAGGUACAUUUCAAGAUGUAGCAACUUUGAAGCUUCCUGUUCGAGGUUCUGCUGUAUCCUUAGGGAAUCAACAAAGAAGGCAUGAUUCUUCAUCAGAUGAACCAGCAAGUGUUCAGAUGAAAACAAAUGGCCAUCUGCCACCACCUCCACCACUUCCUCCAAUGAAGUGGAGGAUAUCAAAGCCAUCAAUUACUUCAGGAGGAGAUGAGGCUGCUAACUUCACUGACAACACCAAUUAUCUAAAUGGUCUACAAACUCCUACAUCUUUUUCUCCUCAUCAACAAGAUCAGAGUGCACCAAGACAACCAUGUGAUUCUGACCUGAUGAUGUCAUACUCUAACAAAACACAAGAUCAGCAGAAGCCAAAUAAGCAGAAAAAUCUGAGAGAAGGUGCCAGUAACAAAGAAGUCGACUUAUGGGGAGAAUUGCUUUGUCAAAUCAGGAACAAGUCAUAUAAUCUGAGAUGUACUUCAAUGUCAAAGAUAAGUCUUCAACCACAGGCUACAUCAAUGUAACACUGCCAAUGUUUUGCAGUCUCGGAGAAGGCAAGCACAAUUCACCAGCCGGGCACCAAUGAGGAUGCCGAUGACAGACAACUAAACCGACCGAACAUUCCAACCUGAUUUAAGUGUGGAUAAAAUGCUUUUUAGUUCAGCUGUCAGCAUGCUGAAUAAUUUACAAAAUGUGUGUGUAAAUCAGCAAUUCUUCCGGUGUAAAUAUAGUACCCAGGGCUGUGUUGCUCUCUCUCUCUCUCUCUCUCCCUAAGCAUUUUAAUAUUCAGAUCAUGGUGCUGGAUCUGUAACUCACAAUGUACUGUAGAUAUUUGCCUACAUUGUUCAAUCAAAUAAGAACGCAAUGAUAGAAACCAAUCUUUGUUUA